AUGAAAUUCAAAAGGAAUUUAACCAUGAGAAACCAUACGAUGGUGACUACAUUCAUUCUUCAAGGACUAACUGAUGAUCCAAAUUGGCAAAUUGUGAUUUUUCUCUUCCUAUUUCUAACAUAUUUAUUGAGUGUUACUGGAAAUAUGACCAUAAUCCUACUCGUUCUGCUGGAUACCAACCUCAAAACGCCCAUGUAUUUCUUUCUUCGGAAUUUUUCAUUGUUAGAAAUCUCAAUGACUUCUGCCUGUAUCCCUAGAUAUCUGUUCAGCCUUGCAACUAAAGAUAGAUCAACUACCUAUAAUACCUGUGCAGCACAAUUGUUUUUCACAAUCUUCUUGGGUGCAUCAGAGUUUUUCCUAUUGGCUGCUAUGUCCUAUGACCGCUAUGUAGCCAUCUGCAAACCCCUUCACUAUUUGACUAUUAUGAACAACAGAGUCUGUAACCAGCUUGUCAUUGCUUCCUGGUUGGCUGGGUUAUUAACAACUUCUCCAGGACUUAUCAUGGGUUUGGAUUUAGAAUUCUGUGAUGGCAAUAUUAUUGACCACUUUUUCUGUGACGUUUCUCCUGUUUUGAAACUCUCCUGUACAGAUACACAGACCAUCGAAUUGUACUGCUUUAUUUUAGCCAUUGUCACCCUCCUGAUUACAUUGGGAAUGGUGGUGCUCUCCUAUGCAUACAUCAUAAGAACAAUUCUGAGAAUCCCUUCAGCCCAGCAGCGAAAGAAGGCUUUUUCUACCUGUUCCUCCCACAUGAUCGUUGUCUCCAUCUCUUAUGGCAGCUGCAUUUUUGUGUACAUUAAACCUGCAGAGGACAUGGUAGCUUUAAACAAGGGGAUAGCUGUACUCAACACAUCAAUUGCACCUGUUUUAAAUCCUUUUAUAUACACUCUCAGAAAUAAGCAAGUAAAACAAGCCCUGAUGGAUAUGAUUAAAAAAUUGAAAUUUGUUACUCUAUGGAAAUAA